CAGUUUAAUUACUACGGAAGGAAUUUGGAAAGGACUGUUAAUAGAGCAAUUUCACUCAUCAACGUUGCAGACACUUUCUAUAGGAAUAGCUUCAACCUUAGAGUGGUUGGGCUACGAGCAGAAACCUGGACAAGCGGUGAUCGCUAUGGUGCAUUUAGCUCAGGACCUGCCACGACUUUGCAGCAGUUGAGAAAUUAUGCCAGAACAGUGACACAGCGUUACGAUGCUCUGAUGCUCAUCACGGGAAACGAUUUUUCUGGAAACACAAUCGGCAUU